CGCGUGUAGAUUUUUCUCUGAGUGUUGUAUCACACACCAAUCGCUCGCGCUCUCUCCCUCUCUCUCCACAAAGUCACAAGACAACUCACACCAACAAUAAAAACAAAAACAAAAAACGCCGAGAAAAACAGAAGAAAAAAAGAAACGUUUUUUUUGGAAAAAAACCGCGAUGAGCGAUCAGCAUCCACGGCUGAACCACCUGCGCAGCACCGCCCAAGUCCUGAGACAAGCGACGACAUCGUUUACCGGCAACCUCUUCACCUUCUUCUUCCUCUCCCUCCUCAUCUUCUCCUUCCGUACGGUCGUCGAAAAUGGGACCUACCUCCUCACAUCCUUCAUCGACCGCGACCCUUCUCUCAAGUCCCUCCUCUCCCGCCUCGAUCUCGCCGGCACUACCAGCCCCAACUACCGCUCUUCCCGAUCUCCGGCGGAUUCCCCUUCUCCAGUCACCCUCCGCCGCCGCCACCGUCCAUUUCUCCACCUCACCCGAGUCGGAACCCUAGACGACGACUUCUUCUCCGGCGACGACGACGACACUCGCUCCCAAUUCGGCCCCAAUCGCAUCGCCCCUAUCCUCAUUUUCUCCUCCGCCUCUCACUCCACCUCCAAAUUAGGGUUUAAUGGCACUUACGGAACUAGGGUUUCUGAAAUUGUCCGCUCCGGUCUCACGUUCAAAGCCGAGAAAUUCACCAUUUCCGAUGACAGAGCUGGAGAGGGAGAUAGGGAAGGCAAUAGCAGUGAAGGAGAGGAGAAAGGCGGUGAUGAGGAAUUGGAUGAUCGGGUCGUCGAUUUGCAAUUCUUCAUCAAGGGAUUGGAGCUGGGUCGCCGAGAUGUGGUGACGUUGUUCUUUCUUGUGAGUUUCUUAUCUGCAGCUUACGGUUGGGUAAUUCUUGGGUUUCUUAUUACGUAUUCAUGGGUUCUUGGUGUUGUGUUUACCACAGUUGUGAAUGAUCUGAUCGGGAGGAUUACUUCGUUUGUUGGUCUGGUUUGGGAUGGGUCUAGAUUGGGCGUCAAGAGGCUCUCUGGGUUCAUUCUCAUGAGGUGGGCAGUGAGAGAUGCUCUCACUCAGCUUCUUGGCUUGUGGUAUUUCGGGGAAAUUGAGGACCAGUACUCGUUUUUUAAACUUUUCAUCAGGUUAAAGUUGAUGCCUUUUUCAGUUAUGCCUCCGUGGAUUCGAGGUUAUGAGAAGGAGAUUUCUGGGUUUCUGUUAAUGUGGUUCGUGUUGGAUACAUUGGUGGCAUUCGUAUUUGCUGUCGAUGCUUGGGUUGCCAUAGUGGAUUCGAGGAAGAAUGGAAGGGAGAUUGUCAAGGAAGGAUGUUAUUUGAUGCUGUCAAUGUUGCACCAAGCUAUUCAGAUUAAGUGUUUGGAAGCUAUAUUUUGUGGGUCAUCUGUAAGAUGGAUUGUAGCUCGAAUUUGUGGAAAAUCGUUUGCCAAGCUUUUUCAGGCAACUGUGGAAGUCUACUUUAUGGUGGCUUGGCUGAUAUUUUACUUUGCAGCGAGGGCGAGGUGUAGGGAUGCUAGUUCUCAGGGGGAUAGGAUCGGAGCACUAGAUUGAGGGCCUUAGAUGAUACUUGGCAGUAAAUGGCUGGCAGUUUCUCUUGCAGGCUUCAGUUGUAACACUACAUUCCUGGUAAUCUUUCAGUGCUCUGUGUGUUCCUGCUUUGGAUUCCCUGAUAUUCAGCACUGCUAUUGUUUAGUGUAGUCGCUAGACAAUGUUGUUGUAUGUAAUGUAUCAGAGAGCAGUAUACUACUUGUGUAUUACCUUGCACAAGAAUCCUUCAUGUGUAAAUGACAUUGCAAUCAUUGUUUUAAUUCCCUGUAUUGCAUGCUCCUUUUGUUGAUGAUAAUGAAAGCAAUUCAGAAUCGUCAUUGUAAAAGUUA